AUGGUGGUAUUCCAUGAUGAGGUGGAGAUCAAGGACUUUCAAUAUGAUGAGGAUUCGGAAACACAUUUGUACCCCUGGUCAUGUGGAGGUAACUUCUCCAUCACAAAGGAAGAUUUGGAGAAUGGAGAAGACGUGGCAACGUGUCCUAGAUGGUCUCUUAUUAUAAAAGUGGUUUAUGACAGAGAUCAGUUUAUGUGUGGAGAAACAGUUUUACAGCCCCUUCAGCCAACAAAGAAUUAG